UGCAUUCGGCAUUGUGCUAUCUCGACUUUAAACGUAAUAAUUCAAUCAAAAUAAACUCUCACUACAUGGCUGAAAAUACUGGAAACUUUCGGGCUGCUAUAUCAAAUCUUGCUCAGGAGGCGCGUAAUCUUCUGGAUAAUUUCGAUGAUAGAAAUACUUUGACAAUUGAACGUCGUCUGAUAGAAUCAAAUUCUCAGGCAACUUUGACUCAGGAAGAUGGGGGAAAUAUUGAAGGAAAUUCUUUGUCCGUAACUUCUCUACCCCUAAAUCGACCAAGUCUUCCGUCCAACAGACUGAGUCAAUCCGUUUCAAACUGCCCAAAUUCAAACACAAAUAAUAUUGCAAUGACACGUGGGCAAAGAAGCAGUGCAGAUGUACCUGCGGCUCUUCGAUGGUCGUUUCCAACACUUUCAUCAACUACUUCAUCAAAGAAAAUCAAAAGACCACCAUCAAAAAAGUUAAAGAAACAUUGUAUUGUUCACAAAGAUCUUGUCCUACUUCCAUUUUCCACAUCUCAAGCAGUACCAACUCAUCAAACAAGAUGUCAGCUUGAAAAUAGAGGAUUUGUAGUACAUGCAUGCCCAAUUGACAAGUCUUGGGAUGAGUUUGAACUCAAAAACAAAAUAUAUCAAUGGUUUCCUAUCCUAGAAGAAAAUAAUAUUGAUAUUGACUUUGUCAAAUCUUGCUAUGGUCAAAUUGUCACUCCAAAGCUGGCAGGAGGUGUUCAAUUCACUUCUGCUCGAGUUUUAAGCCUUUCCGGACAAGGAAGUAUUUAUAUAAGACCAAAAGAGGAUCUUCCCGAUGAUGAUGAAGGUACAUUUAGUCCAGGAACAGAAACAUUUUCUGAAACAUCUUUGGAUAUGCCAAGCUCUUUAGUUUCCAGUCAAGAGCAAGUUUUCAAUAACAAUGAGCCAUGCUCUUCGUCUAUAACAAGUAAUAAAGGGAGUGAAGCUACCUUACGAGAAAUGUUUCCAAACAAGGAUGGUGAUGUGUUACGUCAUGCUUUAGAAGUAAGUGGGACUGUAGAUAGAGCAGCUUUGGCACUUUCUGCAAACAGCAACGAGCAAUUAUUAUCAAUUAAUGAAGAUACUGAUGAUGAAGUUCUUAUUCAAGGUGUCUCUUCUUUGUCUGAAGAGGCGACAUUAAAUUCUAUACUUGAAGAUCUUUCAAAAAAACUAUGUAAAGAAAAAGAAAAAUUAAAAGUUGAGGAGGAGGACCUUUUUAGUGAUGCAAUGUCCUAUUAUAAAGAUCCCAAUUUUGAUGAAAGGAAACCAUUGAGAGUUAUUUACAAAGGACAACCAGCAGUUGAUACUGGAGGGGUUGCCAGGCAGUUUUUUACAAAUUUGCUCAAUAAAGUGAGUGAAAUGUUUUUUGAAGGUGAUGCCUACCAAAGUCCAGUAUAUAAUGCUGGUGUUGUUGCGUCAGGAAUUAUGAAAUAUAUCGGAACAAUUAUUGUCCAUAGUAUUUUGCAAGGUGGACCUGGUUUUCCGAUAUUCAGUCCUUCGGUGUACAGAUAUUUUUCCACUGGUAAUUUUGAACUGGCUAUGAGAACUGCAAACAUUGGAGAAUGUACUGCACACAUAAAGAAUUUCAUUGAUCAGAUAGAUGAUGCUGAUGAUGUGCAAAACUUAGAUCAGGAUGAGUGUCUCAACAUCAUAUCUGAAUGUGGCCUUACAGAAAUGUUAACUAAUGAAAAUAAAAGGAAGAUUAUUCAACUACUAAUCAUCCAUGAUGUCAUUGGCCGGCGAAAGAUUGUUCUUGACCAAAUUGCUGAAGGAUUGAAUACACUUGGAUUUAGAGAUAAAAUGAAAGAAUUCCCAGACAAGUUUCAAGAACUAUUUGUUCCAUGCAGUGAACAAGAAAUGAGCCCAUCAGCAGUGGUUGAUGUUCUUGAGUUCCCAGAUGUGUUAAAUGAAUGCGAGUCAACAAUUGCUAAUAAUCUGCAGCAAUUUAUUCUUAAUGCAGAUCAUCCAAUUCUUGAAAAAUUUCUGAUUUUUACUACAGGUUCCACCAGACUGCCAAAUUUUGGAUUAGGUAAGAUAAAAGUAAAAUUCAAUAGUGCCACUUCGUUUUUUGCUUCUACUUGCCUAUUUAGUGUUACUCUUCCAAACCAGCUUAUUGAUCAAAAGUCAUUCAAUGCAUCAUUAAAAGCUGUUCUUGAGUCAUCUAAGCAGUCAUUUACUUCUCCGUAGGAAUAUAGAAGUAGGCAUUCAUAGACUACAUAAGAAUAUAGCAACAAAUAUAGUUUGAUGAAAUGUUACGUUUUAGUUUUAAGUAUUGUUAGUGUUUAAUUGUUAAAGUUUUGGAACAUUUUUUAAAUGUUAUCUUUCGUUAAAUUUUUCUAGUUCAGUUAAGAUAUUGGCAAUAAAAAUAACAAUUCUUGGA